AUGGCCGAGGCCCUGUCCCGCCGCGCUGUUGAGUGUGACUUUUUCACCACUGCUGACGUGGGUGCUACAUGCUCGAGCUUUGCAAACAGCUGGGGACUCUCAGUCGACGCUCUCCAGCAGCUGAACCCUGGCAUCACCUGCCCUAAUCUCGAUACUAGCAAGUCAUACUGCGUGAUCGGCACUGUCACUGAUGAUCCCCCGAGCACCACACGCGCCACGACAACUACCACCACCGAACCUGCGCCCAGCAACUCCCCCACUAUGCCCGGUAUCGCAAAAAACUGUGAUGGUUUCUACAAGGUCUCAUCCGGCGACCAAUGCGACACCAUCGCUACGAAGCACGGCAUCAGCGUAGCCCACUUCAGGAGCUGGAACAGCGAGAUUAACGACGACUACUACGUCUGCGUGCACGUUCCCGGCGCAGCCACCACUUCGCAGGGACCCAAGCCAACCAAGCCCCCGGGCCCCACGCCACAGAUGCCUGGAAUUGUCGACAACUGCAAGUCCUUCCACCUGAUCAAGGAUGGCGACAACUACUGUUCUAUCUAUACAAAUGUGGGUAUCACAUUUGCGCAGUUCCGCGCGUGGAACAGGGAGAUCAAUGAGGCGUGCAGCAACUUAUGGCUGGGAUACUAUGUCUGUGUUGGUGUCUAA